UUAUGAAUAAUGUUUUGAAUUAUAUUCAAAAAUCGGUAAAGCUGUCUUUGUUAUUUUAUAUUGACAUGGAGUUAGCAAUAUGGAGUUCCUGCUAUUAACUGUAGGCUGUUUUGUUUUUCCAUUUCUCCACAUUAGUUUUCUGUAUUUCGUCAAACGAACAAUACCUGGCAGGUCAAAAGGUUUAUAUUUUGUAAUAAGCCAAAGGCUUGUUUCCUUGUUUCAAGCACUCUUUGCAUCAUGUGUUGGUCUUCAAGUUAUCCUGAGGUGUGAAGAUGUAAUGAAAGAGAGGUUUUUGUCUAUCAAUUAUUAUACAUGGUUUGGGGUUUCAUAUUUCUACUACGAUAUUGGAGCAAUGUUCCUGGGAAGUUACCACAGUUUUCCGAAUCAAAAUCUCAAAGAGAUUUAUCCAAGAUUUUUUGCCAAGAAUUGGCUGAUCGUGUUACAUCAUAUUUUUGUUCCAUUAUUUGGUUUUCCAAUUAUUGUGUUUUACAGACGUGGUCUUGGCGAUUUUUUUGUUGGCUGCAUUUUUUUUGCUGAAGUGAGCACGCCUUUUGUGUCCAUACAUGCAAUAUUAAAACAACUGGACAUGCAAAGGUCUAGGAUCUUCAAAGUCAACGGGUGUUUCUUAGCAACUUCAUUUUUUCUUGGUCGAAUUCUUAUUUUUCCCUACAUGUAUCACAACUAUGCCAACUACUCGAAAAUCUCCACGUGGCAAGUUCCACUGAAAAUACCGUUACUUUGUAACAUCAGCUGUUUAGGAUUGUUGACACUCCAGUUGUUCUGGUUUUCUGCGAUAUUACGACAAGGUUUUGCAUUUCUGAACAUAUCAAUGAGGCCGAUUUCUUCCAGAGAGGAACAAAACACCAAGUCUGGCAUCACUAAACGUCUUACAAAAGAUAAUUUUGGAAAUAAUGUGGAUAGUAAUUUUAACUCUAACGGUAAAGGGCGAUGACAUAUAAUAAAUGAACGUUAUUAAUUUGCUCACAUAAUUUUUUCUAUCGCUACAAAGAGCGACAGAAAUAUAAAAAAAUAUUUUCGGAAUGUUUUACCAUUUUACCAUUUACCAAUUUUUUCUCCACUGGUUCAUCUCUGAUCUAGAAAUCCACUAUUUUCAUUUAUGAUAUCACCUUGGCUUUGAAAUUGGUCAAGACAGAUCUAGAUGUUUUAGUAUCCUUAUAAACUAUAAUUUAGGGUAAUUGACGAAGUUUAUUUGUUCACAAACGUAAUCAUUAUUUAUUAUAAAUAAGAAAAAUCCAUUUGACAAAGUAUUUUAACAGCUUUAGUAUACUUAUAAGCCAUUAUUUAGGUUAAUUGAUAAAGUUAAUUAGUUCACAUUACCCUGGCUUUGAAAUUGGUCAAAACAGAUCUAGAUGUUUUAAUAUCCUUAUAAAACUAUUAGGGUAAUUGACGAAGUUGAUUGGUUCACAAACAUAAUCAUUAUGUAUUAUAAAUGAAAAAUCAUGUUGAGAAAGUAUUUUAACUGCUGCAGUUUUGGAUUAAUCAUUAAUAAAUAAGGCAUUGUUUUCAAGACCUUAUUUUGAUUCACAUAUACAGUUCAUCGGGAAAUUCAUGGAGUUCGGAUAUUUUCUCAACUUGAUAUUCCUGUUUAUUGUGAAUAUAUGUUUCUUUCUC